AGCCUGGCUCAGAUUUCAACCUGGCCGCUCACCAAGGAGCACUUUAAUUUCUCCAUUAUUCUUUCUGGAGUGUGAAGCGAGAACGACAGCUAGUGUUUCAAGUCAUUUAUUCUAAUGUUUUAACGUAACUAAUGUUUCAGUCUCACUUUGAAACACUUAGCUUACCUCCGUAGCUAGUAUUUGUUUUGUGAAUUAACAGUGAAUCCAGUAAGCGGCGCUGGUUUGCCGUUGUGCUCUAACCAAACCUCGCCUCUACUCCAGUUUGCACCUCGCUGUGAGCUAGCUAACGUUAACUUGUCUGUCCAUUCAGCCGACAUGCCGGAGUACCUGGACGACCCGUCUGUGCUCACCAAGGACAAGCUGAAGAGCGAGCUGCUGGCUCACAACGUGGAACUUCCGAGCGGUAACACGACCAAAGACGUGUAUGUACAGCUUUAUCUGAAUAACCUGACCGUUCAGAACAGCAAACAUGUCACGGCCACGACUCUGGACGCCUUCUCCAGCGACGAGGAGCUGCCACCGCCCAUGGUGUCCAGCAGAAGUCGCUCCUCCGGCAGGAAAGCCACCAGGAAAACGGACAAAGUUCAGCCAGACGAGCUGGAUGUGACGAUGCUGACCAACCAGGGCCUGAAGGAUGAACUGCUAAAGAACGGAAUGGAUGUGGGGCCAAUUGUGGCAUCAACCCGUAAGCUGUAUGAGAAGAAAUUGCAGAAGCUGCUGGAUGACGGUCCUGCACAGCCGCCACUGCCACAGCUGGUUCUCACAGAGGUACAAGUCAGCCACAAUGGCAACUCUGAAUCAGACCUGUACAGUGACAAGGAGGACGAAAUGACUGCAGCACCACAGCCUGAGGCCGAACCUGAACCAGCUCCUGUGGUAGAGAGACCGCUGAGGAGCUCAGGAAAUACGCCCAUCACCACCCGCAGCAGCCAGCACCACGUGGUGGAGAAGAUCACAGCCAAUGACCACAGCCUGAAAGUGGAGGAUAAUGAUGUUCUAAAGGAGCUGUUCCCUAAUAACAGUCCAACAGGAAUCACUGCCACCUGUCGACACCCUAUUAGAGGAGCAGCUGGUCGCCCGCUGAAGUCCAGUGACCUGUGGAAUGAUGAAAUUUCGCUCUUCUCUUUAAAAACCACCAAGACUACUAGCUCCUCGUCCUCUUCCUACACAGAGAGCCGCACUGUCAACAGAAUCACCAGCUUGCCGCCCUCCACCUCCUCUUUCCCCACCUCCUUCUCCAGGCAUCUGUCUGCAGCUCCCCUUGCAAGUCAGACCAAAGCAGUGCACCGCUGCAUGUCUCUGUGGAUAAAGCUGUUCCUGCUCCCCAUUGUGGCUGCUUUCCUAUUCUUGGUUUACCAAGUCAUGGAGACCAACACCAUCAACCCUUUUACAGCCCCAAACACAGAAGUGGCCAGCGGCAGCACAGCAUAGAGAGCACAGGAAGGGCGAAAGAGCUUACCUACUUGUAUUCUCUUUUUUUUAUGUGUGUGAGAGUCUUUAUUGUAACCAUUUUGUUCACAAGCGCUAUGAAAUUACCUCUGACAUUUUGUCCUUUUGUCCUAAAGAUUUUCUUCAGUCAAUCCCUUAAGAGAAGCGAUGUUGCCAUUUCAGUGACACUCCCAAGGAUUUUCAAUGCACGUUGUAGAAGGACAAUACAUAACCUCUGCCGUUGCUUUGCCCGUUCCUGAUCUUUGACUCAGUCUGUGAGGUUACAACAAAGCCAGCCAACAAUCAACUUUCAGAAACACACAGUAGCUCUCAUACAUUUUUUGGACUUGCAUUUUAUUGCCAUGUUAUUUUUUUUAUGUCAUACUUGUAUUAUGUGAGUGUGUUUGUUUGUACUGAAUGUGUGUGGUUGAUAUGUUUUUCACAUUUUGGCUUAAUGUCUGUGUUAGUCAUUAUAGACCUUGAAGAUAGACGUUGAACCUGUAAUUUUGCUUUGUAAUUUACUUGACCAUCUUUGUUAAUGAGACAGGGAGGUUUGUUAUUAUAUAAUCCAAAUGCUUAUAAAUGUUAAAGCCUAUACCAGUAUUUUCUUAAUAUUCUCUUCUAAUAAAAGUGAAUGUAUCUGUGUAUUUGACUUAAUUAUAUAUUCACUGUCAAAUAUCAAAUAUCCACUCAAUAAACUAUUGUAGUAUUA